CAGAAGGUGCCACGAACACACACUAAGACGUGAUGCCGAAGUUAAACCUCUUACUUUGCUUACUAGGCUUUUUACUCCCGUUUUACUUUUUUGUGCCUGCGAAUGCAGAAGAACCGAGUGGUGACGUAAAGAUUGAAGUUUUAUUCAUGCCUACGGAGUGCAAACAGAAGAGCAAACGGGGGGAUCUGGUGAACGUUCAUUAUGAUGGGUACCUUGCUAAAGACGGUUCCCAAUUCUAUUGCAGUCGGUCAGACAAAACCGGACAUCCUCAGUGGUUUGUUUUGGGUGUUGGACAAAUCAUCAAGGGCCUUGACUUGGGAAUGAAAGAUAUGUGUCCUGGAGAGAAACGAAAAAUAACAGUUCCACCUGCCCUAGCGUUUGGGGAAAAAGGCAAAGCUCCGGUCCCACCCAAUGCCACUGUUAUCUUUGAAGUAGAGCUCUUUUCGGUAUCCAGAGGACCGCGUACCAUGGAGGCAUUCGCAGACAUGGACCUUGAUAAAGAUCGAUCUCUCACAAAGGCUGAGGUGAAAAUUUACUUGAAGGUGGAGUAUGAAAAAAAUGGGCCUCCACGUGAUGAGCCUUUUUAUGAAAAGAUUUUGACUGAUCUAUUCCACAAGAAUGACCAUGACAAAGACGGACUGAUUUCUGCAAAGGAGUUCAACAUUUUCAAACAUGAUGAGCUCUAGGGUCCAACUGUGACUGAAGCCAUUGCACUAGCUAUUUUUGUUUUUUUGUUUUUUUAGCUUAUUAACUUUUUUUCAGUCAAGAGAGAAAACUGAAGUAAAGAAAAUAGGUAAGGAAUGUACUGGGAAGACACAAUGGCUGGGAUUUAAACAAGCCCCACUUGAGUUCCAGAAACUUUCAAUUCAACAAGUCCUUUCCAACGCGUUGUCCUUUUGGCACACCUGAAAUUGAUUUUAUAAAGUAUUUUAAAACUAAUACUGUAGAUGGAAGAAAUUCCCCGGCUUAUAAUCAGGUUUAUUCUUAAGGCAAAUACCACUGAAAUCUUUGCAAUAUGUAUUCAAUACCCACACUUUACCAUCAUUGGUCUGUACUGAGUAGUAUGCACUGUUGUCUUCCUUCAGGCCAAAUCACCUUUAGCACAGAACUAGCCCACAUGAUGUGGAGUGCUGCAGAUUUUGUUUCAUUCAAAUUAUCCAUGGAAAGCUCCAGAAUGCAGCGGUGUGUCAUGCGAGGAUAGAAUCUGAAUUGUGCCGUAGCCAGAGACACGGCAGAGGAAUGUCCCUUCCUUCCUUCAGAGUCCCACCCAUCAGUGUUCCCAUUUAGGUUCAUUGAGAACGAGUUCAAAACACGGCAGUGUACUGUAAUGCAAGACCAUUUCUGACUUACAAAUUCAAAUGGGUAUUUUAACGCUCUACAAAUUCAGCUUUCCUCUCAUUUACAAUAGGACGAUGCCUUCAUACCUUGAUAUGACAUCACAGCUUAGGGCCCAAGUUCUCAAAGCUUAAUUUUGUGAACCGUAAACUCAGAUACUACUUGACUGUUCAGGGCAAAGGUACUUGUGAAUUCUUUGAAUGGUCUUUCCAGUGAACAAGUUUAUGAAUAAGACUGCAGUUCAUAAAGAGCUCAGCACUUGCUUUGUAAAUGCCACUUCUACCUUUUUUGUUUGCGACAUUUCCAUAUCACUGUACAUGACUCCAGAUUUCACCCAUGUGGAGAGGUGAUACAGUAUCUAUACCUGUGGCUCAUGGUAAUUACUUUUCCUUUACAAGCCCAAAUCAAAAGCUGUAUAUACAUUUUGAAUA